CGAAAAAGCAUUUCCCCAUUUCUCUCUCUCUCGCUCCGCUUCCCUCCUAGAAGCUUUUUUUCCCUCCCAUUCUCUCUUUCCCGCUUUCGAGCUUACCUUCCCCUCUCCCCCAAAAUCAAGCUCCGAAAAUGGGCAAAUACAUGAAGAAAUCGAAGAUUACCAACAAUGAUACGGAACCCACCGAGCCAAUCUCUUUAGGUGUUCGCACCAGAGCCGCUAAAACCCUAGCUUUGAAGCGGCUCAAUUUCUCCGCCUCUGAUCCCGCUCUAGCGGGAGACUCUUCUUGCUACCUCCAGCUCCGAAGCCGCCGCCUCGAGAAACCGCCGGCUUUAACCGAACCGAAGCAGCCGCAGAGAAUUAAAGAGUCUGGCUCGAAGGGUCGCGUUAACUCCGGUUCCGGCUCGGUUCGUGUAGCUCGGAGCUGUGACGGAGAUGAAUGUUUCGGAAAGUCUGAAGCUUUCUGUGGAGAGAACAGUCCUGAUUUUGAAUCGAGGCAAAGCACAAGGGAGAGCACGCCUUGUAACUUUGCUGAGGAUCUGGAGAUCAUUGUUACACCAGGGUCUAGCACAAAGUCGAUGCACACAGCAACCAGAGAUUGUACAAGGGACCGAGAUAGCUCAGUCCCAUCAACUAGUGAGCUGGAGGAGUUCUUUGCCUAUGCAGAGCAGCAACAGCAGAGGCUGUUCAUGGAGAAGUACAACUUCGACAUCGUGAAUGAAAUGCCCCUCGCUGGACGCUACGAGUGGGUACAAGUGGCUCCAUGAAGUGGAAAGGAAGCAAACUCCAGUGAUAUGGUGUGGAAGUAGGAAUGUGAUGGAUUUAACAGACUUUAACCGAACAUCAAGAUCCUUUAAAAGAGGAGUGUAAUCUUAAGUAAUAAUGCGGUUAGAAAACAAAAUUGAAAGUAGGGUAGGAACCUGAACCUCACACCAUUUGUACUAAUAUCUUCGAGUAUUUAGAUGCUUAAUGAAUGUCUUUUCCUCAUA